AUGUUUAAACUGACACUUUUAAUAUUGGCGGUGGUAAUUAUGCAGGGUUUCGCUUAUGGCGAGGAAAUAGAAGAUUAUGAUGAUGAUUAUGCAUAUUCUUAUGAUGAUUAUGAAACUGAUGCGGAAUUUGAUAAAGAUCCAUCUGAUGAAAAUGGCAAUCCCGGUAAUAACAAUGUGGCACAGGUUGAAAAUCAGCAGUCUGCAGUGCCAAUUGAUGAUAAUUAUUCAAAUGAUGCGAUUGAGAGUCCAGAACCAUCAAGUCAAGCUGCAAGUACACCUCCACAAGUUGCUGCCCAGCCUACGAAUCAAAAUCCAAAACCAUCCAGUCCAGUUUCGAAUACAUCUCCUGUAGCUGCAUCCAAACCUGCACCACCAUCACCCAAUAAACCUAGCAAUACGCCUGCUUCCAAAAAGCAAGAAGUGAAAAAACCAUCAAAAAAACCAGCAACAAAAAAAACCCGAACAACUAAGAAGAAAGCUACCAUCAAGAAACCUACAAAGAAACAAGUCAAAGUAGUAAAGCCAAAAAACAAUAGAAAACAAGGCUAA